AAAUUACACAGCAAAAGUGGAUAUAAAGGAGACCAGGGUAUCUGUUCUCCAGUAGGACAAUUCGUCUGGGUCAUCCUUUCUUGUGUGUCAGGACGUGACAUCGUGAAAACAUGAAGACUGUGAUUCUGGCUCUUUUUGUGCUGUUGGUUGUCAGUCAGAGUGAAGCAUUGAGGUGUAACUGCGGAGGACAGAAGCACUGUUCAAGUCCUGUGGAGACCUGCUACGGUCAAAACAAUGUCUGUGCGGGUGUCAUUAUUUACGCUGGAUCCAGACCCAGCUACUUCAAGAGUUGCAUGAAAUUUGAGGACUGCAUGAGGCUGAAUCACCCAGGGAUAUCAUCUGCCACAUGCUGUAGGACUGAUCUGUGCAACUGAAGAAUGAACAUCGUCACCCUGACUAUUAACACAUUCUUUGAUAAAUACUUUAUGUUGUCAUCUGGUAUUGUCAUAUUAAAGAGCAACGUGUUUCAGA